CUGAGGCCAUCUGACUACCUCCCCUGGUGAGGAGUGGUGGUGUGGUCCACGGGGAACUCAUCAUCACUUUAAAACGCACCAGAGACUUGGCACAAAAGAAGCGCUCGCAGGCGAGCACAGGCGCAAAGGGACUAUCUCUUAUUACACCGAAGGGGAAACACGUUUUGCACCUUGCGCACUUUCUAAGAAGACUCACCAAAAAAAGUCAGAAAAAAACGUGGACUUUGAGUUGAAGAAACUUACUUUUGGCUGCACCUGAUGCGACGCUGUUUGACUGCAGCAACAGUCGGGUGAUGUGGAUGUGGCUAUUACGCACAAACUCGAUUGCCUGUAGAUCUGGACUUUAAAAAGCAUAUUGUUGUUUUAUAUUCUUUCUCUUAUUUUUGUCUGAACAGUCACAUGACGCAAACUGUUGCUUGGAGUCCAGAUUUUGUAGUGAGACUGUGUGCCAGCCAAGUGGAGUCGCGUGCUUAUUUGCUGAUAACCCGCAAAGAAACAUGAACGUCUCCUUCUUCGACGUGACCCAGGGCGCGCUGUUUAAUGGGAGUCAGACCCUCGCUGGGACUCUGGCGACAUACUCCGGCAAUGGCACCCACAACGUGGUGACCGGCGACGGCGGAGGGUCCCUGGUAGUGCAAGACGAGCGCAAACUCUUCGUCAUGCGUGUGGUGCAAAUAGCUGUCCUGUGCGUGUUGUCUCUCACUGUCGUGUUCGGCAUAUUUUUCCUUGGGUGCAACUUGAUGAUCAAAUCGGAGAGCAUGAUUAACUUCCUGGUGAAGGACCGGAGACCCUCCAAAGACGUGGAGACGGUCAUGAUCGGGCUCAGCUAGAGCAUGGAGAACAGGUACUGUGGAAAACUGGAGCGAAGAUCCGGUAUGCGGAUCUGGUACCAAUCUCCUACCGCAGGUCAAGAUCGGCAUCUGCAUGUACUUCUCAAAGACGCUCUCUCUGUGUCCUAGUGAGGAAAGAUAUGCAAAAACUUCACAUUUCCUUCCGAAAAACGACUACAGGAAAGUAGUCCAGCGACAAAUGUGUGUGCGUAAAGUUUGUGCGUAAAACACGGGCAAUUGUUUACACGUGGGCCGAUCUGUUGAAUCCUUUGAGUGAAUUUGAUGUUGCCAACUUGAACAAAGUAACGGAAAUGUUUACAAGCUGUUACCUCAUUUUUGGUUUAGUUAUUUUUUUUGUAAAUUUGAAAUGAUUGUUAGUGAAUGUUUUUAAAACUGUCAAAAAGCAUGAUUGUGAAUUCUUAUAGUUCCACCUCUGCCAGUGUACUAUGUGGACGUGGUGGAUAUGUGGAUAUUCUCUAUACAAAGUAUUUUUCUUGGUCUCGUUUGGUAAAUACUCUCUAAAUACUGAAAUCUUGCACGUUUUUCAACGAACUCAGCUUUAUGAAGUGAUUCUGGUCCUGUAUGGCAUGCUCGCUAAUUGAUCUGUAAAGUGGUUUUUGGACCCGUUUUGCACUUUUGAAAUCACUGAUGCUGCAUGAAUUAUUUUGUACCAAAAAAAAAAAAAAACGAAAAAACACUUGAAAUUGCAGCAUGCAAUUAAAACACUGGAAUGACCAUAUUAAACUUGUCAUCUGUUAACAUUAUACAUUUUAUUUCAACAUUGCUGUCUAAUUAAACCGUUUUUGGUUGAUUGGGUUUCAGAAAAUUAUGUUGUAGAGAUAUUUUUUUCAUCCAAUAUUGUGUUAAGGUUUUUGAAAUCAGGCGUGAAUGAUCAUUAUAUCUAAAGAAACAUGCACUUUUACUUUUUAAUUUUAAAAUCAGAUUAAAUCAGACUUCUGAAAUGUUCUUUGAUCCACAUCUAAUCAGAUGUGAUCUUUACUUAUGCACAAGACGAAAGCAUUAAGUGAAUACAUUAACAAAGUAGGUGCACUUUUAAAUUGAGUAGAAUAUGUUUUUUAAUUAAAGUACACAGAAAAUCAUAUUUUACAUACAGCAGUUCUAGCUUAAAAUUAAGAUAACAUGCCAUGCCAAGAUCACAUGGCACAAUCACAUUUAAUAAAUAGGUACUCAGUAUAAGCAGUGUGGUAUUUAUAGCAGCUUUAUAUAGAGAGGUGAGAGAGUAGAGGUUGAGCUAUCCAUCUUGUAGACAACAGGCCGAGUUCAUAUUGGCUUCACAGCAUUUAAUCUGAUCUCUCUGAAGAGUGACCCGCUGCAAUCAAGAAACAUUCAGACUCACCCUGACUACUUAACUUCCUAGUAGCCCCCACUGCACUGCACAAGUGGCAUCCAGAGAGGUUCAUGUUCAUCUUCUUUUGUGCCAUCAUAAAGUGUAACAGAGAGCAUAAAUGUGAAUAAUCCAGCAGUGAGGGCACCUGUACAUAUGUCAAUGCAGCUUUAGAAGGAUUUCACACAAAGAGGACAUAUAGGGACAUCCAGCUGUCAUUGUGCUUUAAGAUAUCAUUACCUUUUCUACCCCUUAGUGUCUGCACAUUACACACACCUCUUUCCUUUCUUAAGGAAGAAAAAACUUCUAUUUCAGACGGACAGAAAACCCACAGACAGUUUCAUUCUAGGUGUCUGAUAUUAGGUUUCCAUUGUAUUGAGCUCAGAAUAUUAGUUCAAUUUGACUUCUAUUUCUUCUCUAUUUCUAUCUGCACCCCCUCCUCCUUCUCUCUCAUGUGCCCCACUCAGAAGCAACCAAUGUUCUCAUUAUUAUUUCAGUACUUGUUAGGGGAGCUGGGGUAGAUGAAUCCUUACAAACACACCCAUGCAUCCACACGUGUGCCCAUUCACCAUGCACACAUUGGACACUGAUGUGCAACAGACCAGAAAAUUCUGACCUCAACCAAAAGUAUCUCAGAAAAAAACACAUGAAUAAAUAAAACUUAUUAGAUAAUUAGACUUUAACGACUGAGAACAACACACAACACGCAUGUAUAUUAAAAACAAAGUGUAUUUAAACAUGUUGACAUGGUAACAAUUACCUAUAUGUCAAGUGCAUUAUUGCUUUUUUUUAAGGAGCAUGACAAAGUAUGAAAGCAUACACAAUUAUUCAAGCCUGAAGGUCAUAUUUUCUUUUGGAGCAGGACACUGUAAGCAUUCGCACAGUAGGUCUGCAAUUUCGAUCAAAUAUAAACUGUAUAAGCUAUACAGUGAGUAGGUUAAGACGCCAGACUAAAUUAUCUACUGCAGUAAAUGCAAUCAUUGUGGUGAAAACAAAACCUGUUGUGAAGACCAUUCAUAAUAGGUAUGUGGUAUAGCCUCAUCUUUUCUUUUAAAGCCUGUAACAUAAUCCUCAGAGAAAAAAAUAAAUUCAUUUGAUCUGC